AUGCAUGCUAUAGGAUUGAAAUCAACAAAAUCUCAUAAUGGAUCACAGCCAAUUACUAAAAAUGGGUCUGGUGCAUCAUCAUCUACUGUGACAAAUGGUUCUGGCUCUGGUUCUGGCUCUACAUCUGCUACUUCUGAAGAUCAAGUGAUUCCAAAAAGACCUCAUUCAUUAUCUGCUACUUUUAAAAACUUAUUCAUCAAACCAAAACCUGAAACCGCUUUAGAAAAUGAUAAAAUACGACAAGUUUCUUCAAUUAAUGAUAAUGGAAAUCGUCCUUCUGUUAAUACUUCAUCAAGACAAUCUUCACCUCCAACUUCUCAACCUCAAACACCUGCAGGUCCAAAACGUUCAAUCUCAUCUUCAUCAAAUCAUAAAAUAUUAAAAUCACCACAACCUGUUGCUAUAUCUCCUGUUUCACCUAAUAUUCAACCUUUAGGUUCAAGAUCCGCGGGAAUUGAUGGUAUUGCAAGUAAAAAACCAAAUUUACCAACAUUUACAGAAGAAGGUUCUGAAAAUUCAAUACAAGAUCCAAUUCCACCAACAAUAAGGAAACCUUCAGAUGUUUAUAUUCCAACUUUAAAAGAUAUUGGUGGUGGUAUAUCAAGAGGUCGAAAUGAAAAAAUUACUUCACCAAAUUCUCAACCAAGAUCAAGAUCACAAUCAUUAGCUAAAAUACCACAAAUAAUUCCUUCAAAUCAUAAUAUUAAUCCAAAUUCUUCUACAAAUAUUGGGUUAAAUCAUCAACAAAACACUAUUAUUGGUACAAUUAAACUUUAUGAAAAUGGUCAACAUGAACAUAUAUUGAAAUCUCGUAAAGUUUUAGAAAAAUUACCAAAUUCAACUGGUAUUCUUUCAGGUUUUUUGAAAAAAAGUUCAACAUCAAUUAAAAAUGAAGUUGCUUUUAGUCUUUUACCUGAACAAAAUAGAUCAGAUUUCCAAAGAAGAUUAAGUAUUCAAUCAAGUAAAUUAGAAGAAAGUUUAAAUGAAUUUUCAAGUGAUGAAGAACAUUUAGCUGGGUCCUCUUCUUCAGAAAGUGAAAAUGAAAGUGAUGAUUAUGAUGAUGAUGAUGAUUAUGAUGAAGCAAAUCCAACAAGAUCUGCAGCUAUAGGUGAUGCUCAAUUAAAAUUAAUUAAUAGAUUAGUGGAAAAAAUUAAUAAUGAAGAAGAACCUUCAUUAAAUUUUAAAAAUUAUAAAUUAUCUGAUAAAUAUGGUAAACCUCAAGGUAUUAUAGGUAAAGGUGCUUAUGGUUUAGUUAAAUUAGUUUCCAAAAUUGAUUCUGCAACUAAAAAGGAAAUUUCUUAUGCUGUUAAAGAAUUGAAAAAACGUGAUAAAGAAGAUUCAAAUCAAUUUAGUACAAGAUUAACUUCAGAAUUUGUUAUAUCAAAUGCAUUAGAUCAUUUAAAUAUUGUUAAAACUUUAGAUUUAAUGAAAAGUUCUACAGGUGCUUAUUGUGAAAUUAUGGAAUAUUGUUCAGCUGGUGAUUUAUAUACAUUAAUUUUAUCAACAAAUGGUGAUGGAUUACAUUAUAUUGAAAGUGAUUGUUUUAUAAAACAAAUUUUAAAAGGUUUAUCAUAUAUGCAUUCAAAAGGUGUUGCACAUUGUGAUAUUAAACCUGAAAAUAUUUUAUUAACAACUUCAGGAGUUGCAAAAAUUUCAGAUUUUGGUACAAGUGCAGUUUUUAGAACUGCAUGGGAAAAAGAAUGUCAUUUUAGUUCUGGAGCUUGUGGUUCAGAACCUUAUGUUGCACCUGAAGAAUUUGUUGUUAAAGAAUAUGAUCCAAGAUUUGCUGAUGUUUGGUCAACAGGAGUUGUUUAUUUAACAAUGAACACAGGUGGUUAUGUUUGGGAGAUUGCCAAGAAUUCAGAUGAAUUAUAUAUUGAUUAUUUAGAACAAAGACCUCAAAAACAAGAAAAAUUUGGUAAAUUUAAACCAAUUGAAAGUAUGAAAUCUGGUGAAUAUUAUAAAUCAAGAAAAUUAACAUUAUAUCAAAUGUUGGAUCCAAAUCCAAAAUCAAGAUUAACAACAAAAGAAGUUUUAAAUUCACUUUGGAUGCAAAAUACAAAUCUUUGUGAAGCUGCUAAAACAGGUUAUCAUUGA